CAUGACUUUCAGAGAACCGAGCCAUUCAUAUUUUAGUGAUUCAGAAAGGGAUCAGAGUACUCAGGCAUUCUCCAACAAAUAACUAAUAACUGUGAAAUAAUCAUCUGUGAAACUACUGGCCUCAAUCUUCGAGUCUGAGUUUUUGAUCAAGUUAUCGAUUUGCUAAAGGCGGCCAAGGAUAAUGGACGCACAUGUAUUUCAUCAAUCCGUACCUAUCAAAAAAUUUAAAAAUUCAGCACAGGAAACAGUGUCAGAGAAGACUUCAUAUUUCAUGAUGAAUUUCUCAGUGGAAAAUGAAACUGAUGGUAACGCGAAUGGCAGCGUAGGUCCUUACUCCCUACUGUCCACUUAUCCAUUGCUCGAUUUUUACAUUGGUCUCGGCUUAGCCAUUUCAUCGUCCUUAUUUAUUGGUAGUUCAUUUAUUAUCAAAAAAAAAGCACUUAUCAAACUUGCCCAAGUCGAUUGUAACCAGCGUGCCUCCGAAGGCGGUUUUGGUUAUCUACGUGAAUGGUUGUGGUGGUUCGGCGUAUUAACUAUGGGUACUGGUGAGGCAUGUAAUUUUGCAGCAUAUGCUUUUGCACCAGCAAGUCUGGUAACACCUCUUGGUGCGCUGAGUGUCAUUGUGACAGCAGUAUUAUCAUCGAAAUUGCUCAAAGAACGUUUAAAUUUACUGGGUAAAAUCGGUUGUGCGGUAUGUCUUCUUGGUUCAACAGUAAUCGUUUUACAUUCGCCGAAGGAGGAAGAAGUUUCUAAUAUGGCUGAUUUGGCUCUCAAAAUGAAAGAUGCAGGUUUCAUUUUCUAUGUGGUAGCAGUAAUUUUGGUAUCAUUAGUAAUGAUUACUUAUGUCGCACCACGUUUCGGCCAUUCUAAUAUUUUGGUCUAUAUAUUUAUUUGCUCCAUCAUUGGUUCACUGUCUGUAUUAUCUGUUAAAGGACUUGGUUUAGCCAUUAAGGAAACGAUUGGUGGAAGGCAACAGUUCACGAAUUUCCUUACAUGGUUUUGGCUUGUUGCUGUAAUCCUUUGCAUUUCCGUACAACUGAUAUAUUUGAAUAAAUCUCUGGAUAUAUACAACACAUCGAUGGUAACGCCUACAUAUUAUGUAUUCUUCACAACAUUUGUAAUAUUGGCCUCAUCGAUUUUAUACAAGGAAUGGUCUCGUUUGGGUGCAAGCGAUGUUUUAGGAAAUAUUGUCGGUUUCCUAAUUACAAUCAUUGGCAUUUUUCAGAUGCAGUUAUUCCGUGAUGUGAAUAUAACGUUGCGACAUUUGCGAAUGCUAAUCCAUAAAUCUUCAACAAAUACAAAUUUAUCUGAAACAACGAAUAGUGCUACAUCGCUGGUAGAUGACUUACCUGUCAAUGCUGCAAUUUCUCAUCAAAUUUACACUUAGUACGGCAAGAACCGCUUUUCUGUACCAGGAUUUCUGUGGGCACUAGCAUCAACUAGAAAGUAUAGAUGUGAUAAGAUGUCAUUAUAGGUUUCCAAACAGGUGUUUUGCAGUAACUUGUCAUGAAACCACAGAAUAUUCCGACAAAUGUUCUUUAGUAUUAUUACUAUUAAUAUCACCAUCAAAGGCAGUACAGGAUUCUUGCGACGUUGUUUGUUGUGCUUACCGAGGUUUUGAAAAUCAGUAGAUUAUAAGCUUAUUUUUACAACUGAUCAGUUGAAAUUAUGCGUGGCCUAUUCUCAUCAGUAAUAUUACUGUAAUUUUUCACAUCUUGAAAAAUUUGAAUUCCUGUAUUUUAGCCUUUAACAAAGAUUUUCUUUUUUCCGAGUGAGGAUGUAAGGC